AUUGCGUCCCACAACUGGACUAACAACUUUGUCUCUGUCAUUUCUAUUGUCUUGAUCAUGGUCUGAUCCGCCUUGCUGUUAUUCGGAUAAAGUAUCCCACAUGGGGAAUUCAAGGGGACCUUAACCCUCUCCAUUGGGUAUAAUUGGACUACAUCUAAGGAUCAUGAAAAGACAUAGAUAUUAGUAGGGGUUUAGAGUAAAAUAAGAUGUAUCAUAAUCAAUGCUCAGAAGUUGAAAUCACAAUUACUGAAAAAGAAAAACAUGUAGCAAACAUUUUAUAACCGGCUCAUAUUGACUGCUUGCAACAUGCCAUUUUAAGCACGUGUUAGUAUGCCUAGUCUUGAAAACUGAAUUGCAUGUCGUCAUUUUCAAUCCCUAUCAAAUUAAAACAUAUAUUUAUGGAUUUUCUUUUGUAUAAAAUUAUAACAUGUUGCUCUGAUUGAAACAUUCAGCAGAUUUUAGAAGUGUGCUAAGGUUAACGCAGAAGAAGAGCAUAUUUUAUAAAUAGUCAUGCAAGUCUUCUUUGAUUUAGGUAGACUUUUUUCGCAAAUAUGCUAUAUGAUUAAGAGAAGUUCUCACUUAAAUACGUUAUGAUUACGUCAGGUUAACAUCAACCUAAAGACGCGAUAGCAAAGACUUAGCUAAUGCUAAUUCGUCAUUGGUGUAACCACCAUUUUCUGUAGAGAUGGCUACGGAAUGAAUAUAACCACAAGCUAGCUACUAAAUACACGAACGCAUGACAUUUUUUUUAAUCCUGAUUAAUGACAUAGUUACAUGACAUUAAUUUAUCCUGAUUAAAAUUUAGAAUAAAUACAGGAAAUUGUAAUCCCUACUUGAUUCCUAAUUAAAAAAUAUAUAUUUAUGAAAAUAAGUCAAUCUACAUAAAUCUAUAUAAUCCCUAAAUUUAGAUAUAUCCACAUAAAAACAAUUUUGAAAGUUUUAAAGUUGGAUAAAAUCAACAUAAAUAAUUAAUUAUUGAAAAUAAAUCUUAAUGAUAGCUCCUAUAUUCAGGAAUCAGGACUAUAAUUAAUCUUUUUCAUCUUAUCAGUAACAGAUUCUAAGUUUAUAACUUUGAAAUUAUACCAAAAAGGAUAUUUCAUACUAAAAACUACGUUUUCACUAUUUUAAAUCAGUGGGGAUUUGUGCAAGAAAAAAAAAUCAGAUUACGUCAUAAAAUCAGAGAUAAAUGUAGGAAAACAAAAAACAAAACAAAACCUGUUUGGCCUUGAAAUAAUCUUGAAAUUGCAUAUAAUUAAUAAUAAUAAAAUAAAGACCAUCGAUCAUCACCCGGGAAAAAAUAUUGAAGGAGAAGGCACGGCACGUACGUACACGGUGCGUCUGACUUGUUCUCUCCCCCUCUCUCGAAUCGCACUCCGUUUAAUUUUCUCUCCAAUGCCAAUCUUAUUUUUCAAUUUCAUUUACUUUUUCUAAAUUUCGAAAAUCCAGCUUUGUGAUUUUUUUGUUGUUGUUGUAAAGGAGAAUCAAUAAUAAUAACAUGUCGUGGUUGAGAUCGGCGGUGCACAAAGCAGUCGAAGUCGGCGGGCAGAACCCCAUAACCCGCACCGUUCGCGGUUACGCCGGUUCCGUCGUCCUCACCGCCGGCAAUGCCGUCUCCGGAGGCGCCAAACUGAUCCAGGAUCGCAUCGGAUCGAGGAACGUCAAGAGCUUUAGCCUCGCGGUGAAGAGAUUAGAAGAGGUCUCGGUUUCGUCCCGAGGUGGCGAGAGAGUGCAGUUGUUGAGAAGGUGGCUUGUCGCUCUUAGAGAGAUCGAGAGGAUGACGUCGUCAGAGAAUGUAGAAGAUCAGAACCAACCUAGUUCCGAAGAAGCCAAAGAUUCUCCCAAAACUAUUACCACCGUUUACUACGUUGAUCCUGGUCUUCCCGGUGAGCCAAUGACUUUUAGAGAUGUGUUUCUUCACAGCGAGGCCCUUGAAGGAAUGGUACUAUCUAUGAUUCUGGAAGCACCAAACGAAGAAGAAGUCCAGCUGCUUCUGGAACUGUUUGGGCUCUGUUUGUCAGGAGAGAAGGAAGUUCACGAAGCAGUGAUUCAAAAUGUGCAGGAGUUAGCUAUUGUGUUUUCCAAAUACAAGGAUGAAGUUUUGGCAAAGCGUGAGGAACUUCUUCAAUAUGUCCAAAGUGCAAUUGGAGGGCUAAAAAUCAGCGCUGAUCUUGCAAGAAUAGAUAUCGAAUCCCAUGCUCUGAUGGAGAAACUUGAUAAGACGAAGGUCAAGGUUCUAGAGCAGGCUUCAAAUGAGGAUAGUUCAAAAACCGCUGGAACCAAUGCUGCAUCAACCGAGGCUCUCCGAGAAAUUCUUGAGCAAGUUCGCACUUUUUCGAAGCUAGAAGCACUCUUGCUGAAGAAAAAAUCACUGAGAAAUGGCGAUUCCCUUCAACUGCACAGUGAGAAGGUUGAUAAACUCAAAGUUCUGUCAGAAUCUUUACUCAGUUCUACCUCUAAAGCUGAAGACAGAAUCGUGGACCAUAGAAGUCAGAAAGAAGAAGCUCUUAGUUUCCGACUUUCCAAAACUACUGAAGUCAGCCAGCAGGAGAAGGAUGUAGAGGCAGAACUAAAAAAACUUGAGAUUUUGAAGGAUGAUCUUGAAACUGAGCUGCAAAGGGUCAACACCUCAAUAACAUCAGUCCGGGCUCGCCUUCGCAAUGCUAGAGAAGAAAGAGAGCAGUUUGAUAAUGCAAGCAAUGAAAUUCUUUUGCACCUGAAGUCAAAGGAAGACGAGCUAACUCGUUCGAUAUGUUCAUGCCGAGUAGAGGCGGAUGUUGUAAAUAAGUGGAUCAAAUUUUUGGAAGAUACCUGGAUUAUACAGUCUAAAUUUGAUCAACAAAAGGAAAUGCAAGUGAGUGGGGAGAUGGAGAGAUAUGGUGACCAUUUCAUCGACCUGAUUGUUCAACUCCUCUCUUUCUACAAGGAACAGUUGGAUCCUUCUAUACCCAAGAUCCGAAGCGUUAUUGAAAAUUUGGAACCAAAUAAAGGGUUAGACGCAGAAAAAAAGAUAGAUGAUAAGGAUGCAAAGCCAAUCGAUUCUAGAAAACAGCUUGAGAAGGAGUAUCUGGACCUAGAAGCCAAGUUUGUAACAACAUUAAGUGUGGUGGAUGCUAUGAAAAAGCCAUUCUAUUCACAGACGGAAGGUAUCUCCAGGAAAGACGAUAAAAGAGUGAAAGAACUAUUUGAGGCAUUGGACAAAACAAAAGAAGAGUUUGAGUCCAUCGAACGCCCGCUUCUAGAUAUUGAAUCUCCUGCAAGAACAUCUUCUUCUUCACGCUCACCCUCUCUGAAAACGACGCUCGACACUCCGCUUUCGGACACAGUCCCGAAAAAACUUGCUGAUGUUGAUACUCCAGACAGUAAAAAGGGGUCUUCAGAGAAAGAAGACUUGGCGAAGAAUCAGCUGGAGUUGGAACUGGACGAUGGAGAAGAGUUAUUGGCAGAUGAAAUCAAUGAUUGGGAAUUCGAUGCUCUUGAUGACACUCAUCUCAAAAACCAAUAGCUGCUCCAUAUUUUUCAAAGAUGAUAGAGGAAGAUGGAGGGAGUACAUAGUAAUCUGACUUUUCAGAGUUUUAUAUAAAAUAUAUAAACGAAUGAUUUUGUAAGGUUUUUUUCUUCUUUUUGAAUUUCUAAUUCUGAAAUAUGAUCAAAUGUAGAUAAUAUAUUAGCUUCCCAAUAAGUUUAAAGUGAAUUUGUCUUUCUUCGCCGGAGUUAAGAAUUUU